AUGGUCCCUGUCCAAUUCUUCACAGGUGGGGCUGCUGGUCACGGGUGGGGUUGCUGGUCACAGGUGGGGCUGCUGGUCACAGGUGGGGCUGCUGGUCACAGGUGGGGCUGCUGGUCACAGGUGGGGCUGCUGGUCACAGGUGGGGCUGCUGGUCACAGGUGGGGCUGCUGGUCACAGGUGGGGCUGCUGGUCACAGGUGGGGCUGCUGGUCACAGGUGGGGCUGCUGGUCACAGGUGGGGCUGCUGGUCACAGGUGGGGCUGCUGGUCACAGGUGGGGGGCUGCUGGUCACAGGUGGGGCUGCUGGUCACAGGUGGGGCUGCUGGUCACAGGUGGGGCUGCUGGUCACAGGUGGGGCUGCUGGUCACAGGUGGGGCUGCUGGUCACAGGUGGGGCUGCUGGUCACAGGUGGGGCUGCUGGUCACAGGUGGGGCUGCUGGUCACAGGUGGGGCUGCUGGUCACAGGUGGGGCUGCUGGUCACAGAUGGGGCUGCUGGUCACAGGUGCCUGGUGCUGGCGGCUGGCGCUUGUGCUGGUGCCUGGUGCUGGCGCUGGUGCCUGGUGCUGGCGGCUGGCGCUGGUGCUGGUGCCUGGUGCUGGCGGCUGGCGCUGGCGCUGGUGCCUGGUGCUGGCGGCUGGCGCUGGUGCUGGUGCCUGGUGCUGGCGGCUGGCGCUGGUGCUGGUGCCUGGUGCUGGCGACUGGCGCUGGUGCCUGGUGCUGGCGGCUGGCGCUGGUGCUGGCGCCUGGUGCUGGCGGCUGGCGCUGGUGCUGGUGCCUGGUGCUGGCGGCUGGCGCUGGCGCUGGUGCUUGGUGCUGGCGGUUGGCGCUGGUGCUGGUGCCUGGUGCCUGGUGCUGGUUCCUGGUGCUAGUGGCUGGCGCUGGUGCUGGUGCCUGGUGCUGGCAGCUGGCGCUGGUGCUGGUGCCUGGUGCUGGCGGCUGGCGCUGGUGCUGGUGCCUGGUGCUGGCGGCUGGCGCUGGUGCCUGGUGCUGGCGGCUGGCGCUGGUGCUGGUGCCUGGUGCUGGCGGCUGGCGCUGGUGCUGGUGCCUGGUGCUGGCGGCUGGCGCUGGCGCUGGUGCUUGGUGCUGGCGGCUGGCGCUGGUGCCUGGUGCCUGGUGCCUGGUGCUGGUUCCUGGUGCUGGUGGCUGGCGCUGGUGCUGGUGCCUGGUGCUGGCGGCUGGCGCUGCGUUCCGCUGCCAAUCCCUUCCCCUCCUCCCUCUCCCACCCACAGCGACCGCCACUGCACACGCGAACAGUCGCGACGGGAGGGGGGGGAGGGGGGGGAGGUGACGAGCAGGGGGCCGGGGGAAUGCGACGGGCGGAGCGAGGCGAAGGGAAGGAAGAAAACGGGACGGGGGGGAAAGGGCCGCGACGACCGCCACCGUCGCCGUCCCCUUCAUUCCCGAUGCCGUCCCCCCUCCUUCCCCACUCUCGCGCAAACUCGGCAGCAGGCGUAG